AUGCUUGAGCUGGGGUUCAAGAAGUGUGAGGCCGACCACUGUAUCUACGUCAAAAGAAAUGACAAUAACAUGAUCUUCGUGGCUCUUUACGUUGAUGACUUGGUGAUUGCAAGCAACAAUAAUGGGUUACUCAAGUCAACAAAGAAUGCACUCAGCGAGCGUUUUGCUAUGACGGAUUUGGGCCGACUCAAGUACUUUCUUGGCAUCGAGAUUGAACAAGAUGAGUCUACUGGAAGUGUUUCGAUGCGUCAGACCAAGUUUGCAAAUGAUAUUUUGAAGAAGUUCAGCAUGGAAAACAGCAAUUCAGUCAAGACCCCUCAAGACCCAGGACUCAUAUUGACCAAGGCUAUGUGUGAAGGCGGCUGCAAGCACGAAGAGACAAUGAUCAAUGUACCAUAUCGCAAUGCUGUUUGUUGCCUCAUGUACCUAAUAGUUAGGACUAGGCCGGACCUCGCCGCUGCUGGGGGAGUUCUUAGCCAAUUUGCGACAGAUCCGUGUCCUUCACAUUGGCAAGCACUCAAGCGUGUGUUUUGUUACAUUCAAGGCACCAAGACUUUCGGCAUCAAAUUUCAGGCAACAAAGUGA